AUGAAAUUCUCACUUGCCCUUUUGUCUCUUGUUGCCUCUUCUUUGGCAGUUCCUGCUCCUAAGGAAAAUGCUCACCACUACCACAGACGUGACGCUGUGGAAACCGUUUUGACCACCCAAACCACCGUCGUUUAUAUCACUGAUGGUCUUCUCGCCACUACUGUUGAAGAAACUACUGCUACUUCUGAAGCCUCUUCCACCUCUACUCUUGAACCAUCAUCAACUAGCAAAUCUUCCUCUUCCUCUUCCUCUUCUGCUUCUGCUUCUGCUUCUAGUUCAUCAUCUAGUAGUUCCUCCACCAGCAGUGUCGAUGGUGACUUGAGCGACUUCGUUGACCCAACCGGUGAAUUCGAAGAUGGUGUUCUUGAUUGUUCUGAUGGUGUUCCAACUGGUAAUGGUGUUGUGUCCCUUGACUGGGUCGGACUUGAUGGUUGGGCUUCCAUCAUGAACACUGCUGGUGAUACCAAAACCACAUGUCAAGACGGUUACUACUGCUCUUAUGCUUGUCAAGCCGGUAUGUCCAAGACUCAAUGGCCAUCUACUCAACCAACUGACGGUGAAUCCCGUGGUGGUUUGAUCUGUAAGAGUGGCAAAUUGUACAGAACCAACACCGACACUAACUACUUGUGUGAAUGGGGGAAGUCUUCUGCUUACGCUGUUUCUAAAAUUGACAAGGUUGUUUCCUUGUGUAGAACUGAUUACCCAGGUUCUGAAAAUAUGGUUGUUCCAACUAGAUUGACUGCUGGUUCCACCAAGCCAAUGUCUGUUGUCGACUCCUCCACUUAUUUCAAAUGGGAAGGUAAAGGUACCUCUUCUCAGUACUAUAUUAACGAUGCUGGUGUUGAUGUCGAAGAAGGUUGUGUCUGGGGUACUGAUGGUAGCGGUCUUGGUAACUGGUCUCCUGUUGUUGCCGGUGCUGGUGUCACCGAUGGUAUCACUUACUUGUCCAUUAUUCCAAAUCCAAACAAUGACACUCCACCUUCUUACAGCUUGAAGAUUGAAGGUAGCAGCGGUUCAACUGUCAUUGGUAGCUGUGUUUACGCUAGUGGUAAAUAUAACGGCGAUGGUUCCGACGGUUGUACUGUUUCUGUUACAAGCGGUUCUGCUAACUUUGUUUUCUAUUAA